UGCACGGCACCACGCAAAGGAGCGAGGCCACAAGCGGUUACGCCUGUCUUACGUAUUUCCGGUUUACCAGCUUAGCAUCUUGUUCUUCUCUGGUCUUACAGCAAAAGCACAACGUUGGAAACACAAGGAGUCAGCGUCCACGCGAGGUGUACUGUCUUUAAGUAAGAAGAAGAAGGUGACUGGUGUCUUGAGGAAAUAGUCGAUUCGUGACGUCAUGGCGUAUCCAGGUGGCCCACCGGGAGGAUACCAACAGUACCCAGGUGGCGCCCCACCCCCUCAGUAUGGAGCACCACCCCCAGGGGGCCAGCCAGGCUAUGCAGGGGGUUAUCAACAACCAGGUUACGGAGGCCAGCCCGGUUACGGUGCCGCGCCCGGUUACGGUGCCCCGCCCGGAUACGGACCCCCGCCCGGUGUGGACCCGAAUGUGUACCAGUGGUUCCUGUCUGUGGACAGAGAUCGGUCCGGCAAAAUCUCCGCCCAGGAGCUUCAGCAGGCGCUGACUAACUCUAACUGGUCACACUUCAACGAGGAGACAUGUAGACUCAUGAUUGGUAUGUUUGACCGUGACCAGAGUGGACAGAUUGACCUGAACGAGUUCCAGGCGCUCUGGACCUACAUCCAGCAGUGGAAGGGCGUCUUCGACAGAUACGACCAGGAUCGCUCCGGUCUCAUCGAGGCGCACGAACUACACACAGCAUUCUCCCAGAUGGGGUACAACGUCUCCCAAUCCUUCAUCAACAUCAUCGUCAUCAAGUUCGACCGGGCGGCGAGGCGCGGCCUCAAGUUCGACGACUUCAUCCAGUGCUGUGUCAUGCUGAAGAACCUGACAGACCAGUUCCGUGCUCGCGACACCGCCAUGACAGGACGGAUCCAGGUCUCCUACGAAGACUUCAUGUGCAUGGUUCUCUUAAACAAACCCUCAUAAAGCAUCUUACAGAGUAGAGUUCUCCUUAACAAUGCCUUGUAAGGUUUCUAAUGACUUGAUGUUAAGAAACACAAUUGUGUAUGGUCCUCUUAUUUGUAAUAAACCCUCAUAAGGUUGUACUCUAAAAAAUACCUUCUGAAACAGGCUUUCUUUGAGGUUUCUUUCUAGACUUAAUAUACAUGUACAUGGUCCUGUCAUUCAAACCCUCAUAUACCUUCUAGCAAAACAUCACAAUUCUUAAGGUUUCUUGUAGAAUAUUGUACAUGUACCUCAUGAGGCUUCUUAGAAAACUAUGUUGUGCUCAUAAAGAAGAAACCCUCUUGAACAGGCUUUCUUUGAGGUUUCUAUCUAGACUUGAUGUGCAUGGCUCUCCUAAACAAACCCUCAUAAAGUUUAUUCUCCUUAACUUAGGUUUGCUAUAGAAUAUUGGCUUCUUAGAAAAAGUGUUUGUACUCAUCAAGAACAACUCUCUUGAACAGGCUUUCUUUGAGGUUUCCUUCCAAGACGUCAUGUGCAUGGUUCUCCUAAAUUAAGCCUCACAGACUUUCUAGCAAACAUCUUGUCAAUUUUCCUUAAGGUUUCUUAUAGAAGAUACUGCACUGGCCUCAUAAGGGAACCCUCAUAAGGCAUCUUAGAAAAGUGUUUUGUACUCAUCAAGAACAACCCUCUUGAAUAGGCUUUCUUUGAGGUUUUCUAUGAAGACUUCAUGUGCAUGGUUCUCUUAAACAAACCCUCAUAGACUUCAGUAGUAAAACAUCACAGGUUUCUUAUUAGAUAUUAGAUAAUAAGGCAACCCUCAUAAGGCUUCCUAGAAAAGUGUUUUGUACUCAUCUAGAACAACCCUCUUGAACAGGCUUUCUUUGAUGAGGUUUUCUAUGAAGACUUCAUGUGCAUGGUUCUCU